UGUGCACGGUGCAGAGCAGUGAGCGGGUGAGAGCGCAGACAGAAAGACAGAGAGCGCAGACUGAGGGAACGGGAGAGACGGGGAGAGACAGGGAGAGACAGGGAGCGACGGAGACGGAGAAGGAAGGACAGCAAUAACAGGCCCGCCGUCCGCCGGAAGAGGGUGCGUGUCGCGGCCCCGUUCAUCUGUGAGGCUGACCGGCCGCGGGGAGCGGGCCGCUGCUGUGUGCGCCCCGAUUAAACGCCACUGCUGCUGCCGCGGGCCGGUGGCGGUGCCGGCGGCGGCAGCUCUGCACCACGGAGCGACCCUUCUCGUGCCGCCAGCCCGCUGCUGCGGCCGCCGCCCUCCCACUGCUGCCGGGACGGCCAUGAGAAGACGGCCGGCCGGUCGGCGUUGAUUAACACUCGCCCCGGGAGCCGACAUGGGAGCCGCCAAUGGCCGCCCGCUCACCGACCCGGAAGGUCCGACGGCGGCCAGCACCACGCAGGACUCGGGUAUAGGGCUGGGUGGCACCAGCGGCGCCGACGCCACCGACGCGUCGAGCUCGCCGCUGCGGCCGCGGCGCGCGCCGGACUCGCCGCCGCCGCGCCGGCCGCUGGCCUCGCCGCCCCUACCCAGGAGGUCGCCGGCUGGCCUGCCGUCACCGCCGGUCCCCUGCAGUCGUGUCCGGCCACCGAUGGAGCUGCCCACCUUCUGCGAUGCGCUCAUCUGCCACACUGUCAUCACAACUGCCAUCGCCACAACUGUCAUCAUCACAACUGUCAUCAUCACAACCGUCGUCACCACAGCUGUGGGCUCUGACUGA